AUGACUUCAACGCAAAAGGCUGCGCGCCUUGGCGAAGAUAUCUGGAAGACUCGAGUGGACAAGGUCAAUGCCGAACUAGUUACACUCACAUAUGGCACCAUUGUCGCCCAGCUAUGUGGGGAUUACGAGUUCGACUAUGUCCAAGUCAAUCAACAGCUUGACAAGAUGGGCUACAACAUCGGGAUGCGAUUAAUCGAGGAUUUCCUGUCCAAGUCGAAUAUUCCUCGUUGUGGCAACUUUAGGGAAACGGCCGACAUGAUCUCGAAGGUUGGCUUCAAGAUGUUUCUCAAUAUCACACCCGUGGUGACGAAUUGGACGGCGGACAAUAAGUCGUUUUCAUUGCUAUUCGACGAGAAUCCGCUAUGCGACUUCGUUGAGCUGCCGGACGAUGGCAAAGCGCAGGACGAGCUCUGGUUUUCCAAUAUCCUCUGUGGAGUAUUACGAGGAGCACUUGAGAUGGUGCAAAUGGCCAUCGAGGCACGGUUUGUCAGUGACGUUCUUCGCGGCAACGACACCACAGAGAUUCGGGUAACACUGAUACGGUACAUUGAAGAUGAAAUGCCUCCCGACGACGAGUGA